AUGGAUUGUGAUAGCGUAGUUUCGGAUGAAAGUGAAGAUAAUAAUAGUAAUAGAAGAUAUAUCCACAACUCUUAUAAUAACCAUCAUCAUAGUAAUUAUUAUCGUAAUAUGAAUAUUAUGGCAGGGAACAAUCAUAUUAGUAAUAAUGGAAUUAUUGUUGGAAAUAAUAGAAAUGUUGAUAUAUUAACAAAUAAUGCAAUCACCACAAGAAACCCUUCGAUAAAUGAUGAACAAAUGGAUUCGAUAAGCGCCGUUGGGUCAUCUGCAUCAUAUGAUUCAUCUGCCUCAAGGAAAAGGGCUAGAUCAAUUUCUAAUGAUUGGACAAAUGUGGUAGUAACACCAAACUUUGUGUCAUCCUCCAUAUCAUCUAUACAAUUUG